ACGCAGCAACCACCACUCCCCCCCCCACCCCAUUCCGCGGCUCCUCCCCCCUCGCCGCCGGUCGCCGCGCCGCCGGCGAUGGAGCGCCUCCGCGUCGCCAUCUCCCACCACCGGGCGGCGCUUCCACUUCCGACCCACCACAACCACUUCCGCCGCCGCCAUCUCCAGCUACAGCCCUUCCCCAGCUCCCUCUCCCUCUCGCUCCCCAUCUCGCCCCAGCUCUCGCCCGCCCCUCCUCGCCGCCACCUCCUCCCCCCGCUCCUCGCCUCCGCGUCCGCCGCCCAGGCCGCGGGCCCUGCCCCCGCGCGGGCGGCGGGCGGCGGCGGCGGCGGCGCGAAGCCGGUUCCCCUACUCGUCUCCCUCGCCGUCGGCCUCGCCGUCCGCUUCCUCGCGCCGCGGCCGGCCGAGGUGACCCCGCAGGCGUGGCAGCUCCUCUCCAUCUUCCUGACCACCAUCGCCGGGCUCGUCCUCGGCCCGCUCCCCGUCGGCGCCUGGGCAUUCCUCGGGCUCACUGCCACCGUCGCCACGCGGACGCUCCCGUUCACCGCGGCGUUCGGGGCGUUCACCAACGAGGUCAUCUGGCUCAUCGUCAUAUCCUUCUUCUUCGCCCGGGGGUUCGUGAAGACCGGACUCGGCGAUCGUGUGGCCACCUAUUUCGUCAAGUGGUUGGGGCGCAGCACGCUGGGCUUGUCGUACGGGCUCGCCAUCAGCGAGGCAUGCAUCGCGCCGGCGAUGCCCAGCACCACGGCGAGGGCCGGUGGGGUGUUCCUUCCAAUAGUCAAGUCGCUAUCUCUUUCGGCUGGCAGCAAGCCGAACGACCCAUCGGCGAGGAAGCUGGGCUCCUACCUUGUGCAGUCUCAGUUACAGGCAUCUGGUAACUCAAGUGCUCUCUUCCUGACUGCUGCAGCACAAAAUCUCUUGUGUCUGAAGUUAGCUGAGGAGAUUGGUGUUAAGAUUGCAAACCCAUGGAUAUCUUGGUUUAAGGUUGCUAGUUUGCCUGCCAUCAUUUCUCUCUUAGCGACACCUUAUUUGUUAUACAAAAUAUUCCCACCUGAAAUAAAGGACACUCCUGAGGCCCCUGCAAUAGCUGCACAAAAACUGAAGAACAUGGGACCAGUAACAAGAAAUGAAUGGAUCAUGGUUGCUACAAUGAUUCUUGCUGUUUCACUGUGGAUUUUUGGGGAUACUAUCGGUGUGUCAAGUGUUGUUGCUGCGAUGAUUGGUCUUUCAAUUCUUCUUCUGCUUGGGGUUCUGAACUGGGAAGAUUGCCUGAAUGAAAAAUCUGCAUGGGACACAUUAGCUUGGUUUGCUAUUCUAGUUGGAAUGGCAGGGCAGCUCACGAACCUUGGAAUUGUAUCAUGGAUGUCAAAUUGUGUUGCAAAAGUUCUCCAGUCUUUCUCAUUGAGUUGGCCUGCAGCAUUUGGUGUUCUUCAGGCCUCCUAUUUCUUUAUUCACUAUCUCUUUGCAAGCCAAACAGCACAUGUUGGAGCUUUGUAUUCAGCAUUUCUUGCGAUGCAUUUAGCAGCUGGCGUUCCAGCUAUACUGUCGGCACUUGCUUUGACAUACAAUUCAAAUCUCUUUGGUGCACUGACACAUUAUAGUAGUGGGCAGUCUGCAGUAUACUAUGGAGCGGGGUAUGUUGAUCUUCCUGAUGUAUUCAAACUGGGUUUUACAACAGCAGCAAUCAAUGCUGUGAUAUGGGGAGUCGUCGGUACAUUUUGGUGGAAGUUUUUAGGGCUUUAUUGAGUCAUUGCAAGUGUUAAGUUGACCAAAAGUGUUCCUUACUACACCUGUAAUUCAUGGCUCCCUUUCUGGAGUGGUAGUCAUUUUUUCUUCAGAGGAGUUUGAUGAGUGCAUAAUAAUGGAACGAUGUUCCUCAUUAGAAGUCUUGAACAUGAUACACUUGUACAACCCAGAAGGGUUCUCAUAGGCGUUUUGUACAACUCCCAUGCAUUUCUCAUGAACGAAAUUAACUGCAGGAAUGAGUCUUGAUUCCUUGAGCAUAUUGUUCAUGUACUCUCGGAACUGUAUGGAUUGCUUUUGCUAUAUGCCGUGAUUGUUAAUUUAUUAUA